GUGGUCAUGGUCAUGCAGCUCGAUAUAUGUAUGACAGCCAUGAGCGACCCGAAUCGGCGGUGGAUGAGGAUGGGCCAGACGAGGCACAGGAUGAGGGCACACAGGAUGAGGAUUCAGAGGGAUCCGACGAGCCAGUGAAAAUUGACGUACCGGUAGCCAUGUGGGACUUCGACCAGUGCGAUCCGAAGCGAUGUUCUGGCAAGAAAUUAGCUCGUCUCGGGUUGAUUAAGGACAUGAGAGUUGGUCAGAGAUUUCGAGGGAUAGUCGUAACACCGAAAGGCACCUCAGUCGUGUCCCCCUCCGAUCGGGAAAUCGUGCAAGAGGCAGGGGUUGCUGUUGUAGAGUGCUCCUGGGCUCGGUUAGACGACGUACCAUUCUCUAAGAUCCGUUCCCCGAACGAGCGUCUACUGCCAUACCUCGUUGCGACCAACCCUGUGAACUACGGCAAGCCCUGGCGGUUGAACUGCGUCGAAGCCCUUGCAGCCGCUUUUUACAUCACCGGGUUUGACUCGUACGCUGAGACAUUGAUGAGCAAGUUCAGCUGGGGCCAUUCGUUCUGGACUGUCAAUCAGCGACUGAUAGAGCGGUAUCGAACAUGUAGCACUGCGGAGGAGAUGGAAGAGAUGCAGAAGAAGAUAAUGGCGGAGAUCGAUGCGGAGUAUGUUGAGCGGCGGAAAGGAAAGUUUUGUUCGAACCAUGACGAUGAUCUGCUGGUUGCAAACCCCAACCACGCAGGUGGCAUGUGGGGCUUGCCGGGGGCAGCGGAGGAAGAAGGGCAAUAG